UUGCGCGCUGGGCCGCCCCUGCCGCCUUCAGGGCCGGGCGGGGAAGAUGGCGGCGGGGCCCGGGAAGCACAAGCUGCUGAGCGCCGGCCCCACCGAGCCCUGGUCCAUCCGCGAGAAGCUCUGCCUGGCCUCCUCCGUCAUGCGCAGCGGCGACCAGAACUGGGUCUCAGUCAGCAGGGCCAUCAAACCUUUUGCAGAGCCAGGACGCCCACCUGACUGGUUUUCCCAAAAGCACUGUGCAUCUCAGUACUCAGAGCUCUUGGAGACCACGGAGACCCCUAAAAGAAAACGUGGGGAGAAGGGAGAAGUUGUAGAAACCGUGGAAGAUGUUAUUGUGCGGAAACUGACUGCAGAGCGGGUUGAGGAGUUGAAGAAAAUUAUCAAAGAAACACAGGAAAAAUACAGGCAACUCAAGAAGGAUGCAGAGCUGAUCCAGGCCGGACACAUGGAUAACAGACUGGAGGAGCUGUGCAAUGAGAUCAUGAUAAAGAAAAAAAUGGAAGAGGAGGAGGCAGAAGUCAAGAGGAAGGCUACAGACGCUGCUUAUCAGGCUCGCCAGGCCAUUAAGAACCCACCUCGAAGACUCACGGGGGUGAUGGUUCGUUCUCCCGCUGGCUCCACCUCCCCGGGCGGGGAUUAUUCCCUUGGAGAUCUGUCCCAGCCCGCUGGGGAUGAGGCCAGCCCAGGGGUCACGCCAGGGACAUUGCCCAGCACCCCAGUUGCCUCCUUCAUUGGAAUCCCUGACACCCCUCCAGGCUCUGCUCCCCUGGAUGCCCCCAUGACCCCAGUCACUGAUGAUUCACCCCAGAAAAAGAUGCUAGGACAAAAAGCAACUCCGCCUCCUUCCCCUCUGCUCUCAGAGCUGCUGAAGAAGGGCAGUCUCCUGCCCACAAGCCCCAGGCUGGUUGGUGAAAAUGAAAUGGCAGUGGCUUCUGCUCACAUGAACAGCUCUGGAGUGCUGCUGGAGGUAGGAGGUGUCCUUCCAGUGCUGCACAGUGGGGAAAUGCAGUCAGCACCUGGUGCUGUCCCUGCAUCUCCGGCUGCUUCAGGUGCUCCUACGCUUUCCCGGCUUUUAGAAGCUGGCCCUGCACAGUUCACCUCACCUCUUGCUUCCUUCUCCGCUGUUGCCAGCGAGCCUCCAGCUAAGCUCCUGCCACCCCCCGUAGAGCCUGUGUCCCAGGCCACUAUUGUCAUGAUGCCCACGCUGUCAGCACCAGCCGUUGUGCCACCAGCUGCAGCUCCAGAAAGCGUAGCCACAGUGAGCCAGCCAGAAGCCUGUGUUUCCAUGGAGGCAGUGUCUGAUUCCCAUACUGUGACAGUGUCCAUGGACAGCAGUGAAAUAUCAAUGAUCAUUGAUUCCAUCAAGAAAGAGUGCCUAGGUUCUGGGGCUGGCAGCACUGCGGGAUCUUCCAAAGAUCACUGCAUGGAUGGGAAAGAAGAUCUGGAUUUGGCGGAAAAAAUGGAUAUUGCAGUGUCCUAUACGGGGGAAGAGCUGGACUUUGAUACGGUUGGAAAUAUUAUAGCCAUCAUUGAGGACAAGGUAGAUGACCACCCUGAAGUCCUGGAUGCAGCAGUUGUUGAGGCUGCUCUGUCUUCUUUCUGCGAAGAUACCGAUGACCCUCAGACCCUUCCUGGCCCAUGGGAGCAUUCGAUUCGUCAGGAGCAUGAGAAACAGGCCCAGAUGCCACAAGUGUCUGUGACUGUGAAGCAGGAGAGACUGGAGUGUGAGGAGCCAGAGGCAAAGGGAAUUCGAGACCUAAUGGGCAUCAGUGAGCUGGGAUCAGAAAUAAAGACAGAACUUGCAGAGCAGGACCAGAGUCAGCUGGGCCCUGAAGAAACCAUACCAGCAACUGCAAGAGUGACAGAAACACCAGAGCUUAGAAACCAAGAGAUAGAAGAAGAUCAAAGAGCAGCUGUAACAUCAGGAGAGACUUCUGAAAUCAAGAUAGAGUCGUCCCAGGGAGAAGAUGCAGUACUCAAUCCAGUAAAGACAGAGACCCCACCUGAUGAUGAUUCAUCCCCUCCACAAGUCCCAAAUGUGAGUGAAGACUCCUCACAGGCUGAUGUUCAGCACAAAUUUGAGCUGUCAGAGUCAAUGAAGGAGGAGGCCCAAGCCCUGUUUAGGAGUCAGAUAAAGGAUGGGCAGGGUGAGGAGGAUGAUGAGGACGGUGCCAGUGAGGCUGCCAGUUUGGAGGAACCCAAAGAAGAAGACCAGGGUGAGGGGUAUCUCUCAGAGAUGGAUAACGAGCCCCCCGUGAGCGAGAGCGACGACGGCUUCAGCGUCCACAACGCGCCCUUGCAGUCGCACGCGCUGGCCGACUCCAUCCCCAGCAGCCCGGCCUCCUCGCAGUUCUCAGUGUGCAGUGAGGACCAGGAAGCGAUACAGGCUCAGAAGAUCUGGAAGAAAGCCAUCAUGCUGGUUUGGAGAGCAGCAGCUAAUCACAGGUAUGCCAAUGUCUUUUUACAGCCUGUAACUGAUGACAUAGCACCAGGCUACCACAGCAUCGUGCAGAGGCCAAUGGAUUUGUCGACCAUCAAAAAGAACAUUGAGAACGGGCUGAUCCGAACCACAGCUGAGUUCCAGCGGGACAUUAUGCUGAUGUUUCAGAAUGCAGUGAUGUACAACAGCUCUGACCAUGAUGUGUACCACAUGGCUGUGGAGAUGCAGAGAGAUGUCCUGGAGCAGAUCCAGCAAUUUCUGGCCACACAGCUGAUGAUGCAAACAUCAGAGUCAGGGAUCAGUGCAAAGAGCCUGCGGGGGCGAGACUCCACUCGCAAGCAGGAUGCUUCAGAGAAGGACAGUGUCCCAAUGGGCUCUCCUGCCUUCCUUCUCUCUCUCUUUCUGCCCCUUCCACACGUCCGAGGCAGUACAAAAGGUCUUGGGAGAGUGAGGAGUCAGCUGUGUGUCCUUUAUGUGUUCCUGGUUCAGAAAGCAAAUAAGACUCUGCAGAAAUAUCUUGCUCUGUGCCCGUGGUGAUCUGGAAGUGUUUGGAAAAAUGUUCCCUCUGGGAAACCCCAAGUCUCUGAGUUACUGUGAGGAGAGAGAGGAGGAAGAUGGAGAGCUGUCCAUAUCUCUCACGUGUACCUAAAGACAGAGGAGUACUCCAGGAGAGGCAGCAGAUCAGCCAGAGAGAGGGCAGCGGAUCAGAGGAAGCUCUCAGCUCACCUUCUGCUCGUGGAAAGGAGCUGUGUGGAGGAACUAGGGAGCUAGUGCCAGGGUCACUCAGCUGGAGGAGCACUUCCCAUAGGGAUCAGCAGCUGAUAAGGUAGGUUAGUCAGCAGUUUUCCUUUUCCCACCUUAAGCUAGAAUCUGACACUUAGGAGAAAGCCUGCACUGUCCAGGCUCCAAAAGCAUCUGUCUGGGCCAGAGGUGUUCCCUCUCUCUGCCCUGGCUCCAGCAGUGCAGAGAUGCUGCCAAGCCCAGCACCCUGCUGUGUCCAGAUCCAGCUUUAGGUAGGUCUGCAGGCAGGCCUUGGCAGGGACAGCUUCCCUUUCUCCUGAUGGGAAGGCAGGAAAAGUUGUUUCCAGAUGCAGAAUUCCCCCUUCCCUUCCUCCCUCCCUCCCCUGUGCCGGAGGGACGUUCCUGCGGGGUUGUGUAACUGUGUUUGUUUGCCUUGU